AUGCAUCAUUGUAGCUACGCUGACAAAGUUUCAUCGAAUUUAUUAAUAUCUGGCACUAAAACAUCACACUGUAAUGAAGUUGAAAAAAGUAUAGCGCCAAAGGUACUUGAAAAGUCAAGCGAUUUAAUUGUUGACGUAAAUAAUCAAAAUUUCAACCCUGGAAACCUGUGGUCAGAUGCCGAGAAAACACCAGUGGAGGAUGGGUUUAGAGAGUACAUUUCCAGAAAUAAAAAAAGAGCCAGACUAAACAACUCAUCUGAAGAUAAUAAUGAAAUGAAAUCAAGUGGUACCACCGGUAACACGGGCAAUGUUAACGCAUCCAUUCCAAAACCAAUUAAAAAAAUUAUUGGCAUCAAAGUAAUCGACAACUGCAAACUUCAGGCCGAAAAGAACUUUAUAAAAAAGACCGUUUUCUUGAUGAGCAACGAAAUAAGCGAUCCAGUAAACAAGGAUGAGGAAGAAUCAACGAUGUUUCGUGUAUGUGUCGAAAGUUGCGAUGGACCGAAGAUGAAGGACCCGGAAAUUAUGUUAAAACACAUCAUUGUACGCGAAUGGCGUUUCGGGAAAAACACCGACAAAAACUCCGAUACAACGAACAAACAUGGCUGA